UUCCAGUGAGUCUCUAAGAGCAGCAUUUCUUCAUUUCUGGUUGGCCAGAUAAAUGCUGUGGCUCCCUGAUUAUGAAGGACUUAGAAUGGUGCUUUUCAAUUUGGAGAAUCUGGCCUUCUAUGAAAAACAGCUGAAAUUUCCAUAGAAUUCUGAAGCUUGAGCUACAGAGCUUUUCAAAGCUGUGAAUUGUGCUGGAAUCUUAUUUGCUUACACAAGCCUGCAAAAACAAACUCUCAUCCCUCUGUACCAAAAGCCAGGAAGAAAAUGGGCAGCCACACUUGGUACUUAAAUGAGUUUAGAUGUGAAGGAAUGAGGUUUAGAUCUGACUUAAAAGUAGAGGGAAAUUCACACUUGGCAAGGACUGGACCAGAAAUUAACUGCCCUUUUUGGAGGGUGGGGAAAAAAUAAGAUAAGGAAACUAAAUCAGUGUAAAAUCAGUGUAACUGGAAGUCGCUUAUUUUUCGUCAUUUGUUAGAUUUUCCCUCCCAUUCUUCCCCCGUCCCCCCACCUCUGAAAUACUUUCUUCCAUUCGCAUUGUUGCCAAGUUGGCUUUUUCCUGGGAGCAAGAGGUUAUAGGUUAUAGGACUGGAUCCUUUUAGGGAACAGAGUGCGAGUGCUAGCCCUGUUUGUAGAGGUUUCAGAGGAGCCAAAGAGCCACUUCCCAAGGAUUCUGGAGUGAAGUUUGACCAUUCUCUUUCCUCCAUUCCAUCUUGCCAGUUUUCCACUUCUCUCCCUUCUCUUACCACCACAUCUUUUCUGUACACUGCAGCCCCUCCCCCACGAUAAGAAAUUUGAAAACGAUUUGGCUGAUUGGGGGAGGGGAGUCUUCUUUUGAUUGAUCCCUGCAUUUCCUUUACCGCCAGUUCUGUUCCUAAAGCACCUACUCUCAGAAAUUUUCUUUGGUCUUUGCUUCUUUGACCUGUGCAGAUUACGCAAAUUCUUGAUUUGUAGUUUCUUUUCUUUUCUUUUGCCCUAAAGUGUACCUUCGCCCCAUUAUUUUGGAAGUGCCUUGAGGGGGAUUGUGCCUCUCUCUCCAGAUACUGUUUCUUAUCCCAAUCUGCGAAGAUUGGAAGUGCAUAAAAUUGUGAAGAAAAAAAGAUCUCUAGCACUUUCCCCCUCCCAAACUUUCCUGUGUAAAGAGCUACCUAAAGAGAUUUAUCUCCCCUUAAAAAGCUGAGGGGCAGCGAUUAUAUACUUGGUGUGAACGUGACGGUAUGGGAGGUACCAGCGUCAGGGUACACUGUGGGCUGGGGGGUGUCAAAUGUCAUUCCCGCCUCCGCCCCCCUCACCCCCUACACUCUUGGUGAGUGGGGAAUGAGGUGGCGUAGAGGAAAACCACUGAGAUGCUGAAACCUCCAAGGUCCUAGAGAGGAGCAGGAAGUGUCCCUAGGGAGGGAACUGGAAGGCUCGCUCUGUCCUUUCGAUCCACCGGGGCUCGGUGCACACGGCUCUGUUGACUCCAACUCUGAGAUGGGGACCUGCGACCAGGAGCUCUAUUUCUAUUUGUAAACUCUUCAAGAGGCCAAAGUUCCAGUCUCCUACAGCCUUGGGAAUAACACUACCUGAUAUUAAACAGAAUCAAGUAUAAUGGUAAAUGCAUUUUAGACUCUCUCUAAGAGGAUUUAUUGUUGGAAGUACACGAAGGAUAUCAUUACAGCAUUAUUCUGCCUGCAACAUAGUUCUGUGACAUGGACUUCAGGGGCAAUGUUACAUCAAGACUUGAGUAUAUUUUUGCUUCUGGAUUCCUUUCCCACCUACUUCUAGCGUGGUACUCGGUAAACAGAACAACUUCCUUUUUAAAUGUUGUUGACUGACAAAUGCCUUCAGAAAUAGGUGAAGAGGCCAUUCUCUAUCCCACAUCUGAGCAUCAAUUACUUACAUUCAUCUUUCACGUUGUAUCACAUUUCCGGUCACUCCUGUGAACCAGUUUUGCCAUCCUAUCCCUCUGAAAUAUACACAAAGGACAUAAACAUUGAAGCCAGUGAUUUUUGCCUGGAAGUAAGGUUCCUCAAAGACUAUCAUGCCUACAGCCCUUUGCCCCAGAGUCUUGGCCCCAAAGGAGCGAGAGGAGCCCAUUAAAAUGAGGAACCCCCGAGGGCAGGACCCUACCCCACAGGCAGAACCCCCUGGCCCUGAAUCUUUCCGAAGGCUUUUUCGACGUUUUCGCUACCAGGAAGCUGCUGGUCCUAGAGAGGCUCUAAGACGCCUUCGGGAACUCUGUUGGGGUUGGCUAAGGCCAGAGCAACAUACCAAGGAGCAAAUUCUAGAGCUCCUAGUGCUGGAGCAGUUCCUGACCAUCCUACCUGGAAAGAUCCAGAAUUGGGUGCGAGCCCAGGAGCCAGAGAGCAGUGAGCAGGCAGUGGUUGUGGUGGAGGAUUUGGAGACAGAGCCUGGGAGACCAUGGCAGUGGCUCCAGCACUCUGAGGAUCCUGUUGUGAUUGAUGAUGGGGAUGGUUCUCCUGGCCUGGUUUGGGGGCCAGAACAGGAAAGAUGCUUGUCAGACACAGCAUCCCCAGUGGCAGCAUCAGAAUCUUCAAAUAGCCUGCUGAAGAGGAGGGUCUGCCAUCCUCUAUCCCAGGAAGAAGGACUGGGGCACCCAAACCCAAGAUCAGCGGAGCAACUCAAUGGAGGCCCUGAUGAAGGGCCUCCAUUCACAAAAGAAUCAGGGAUGGCUCUCUGGGAGGAGGAGGGAUAUAUUGGGAAAAUAUCCCCUGUUUCCCAAGUUUCUUUAUUUCCUGAGGAAGGGAAUUCUGAAGACCAGGAAAAAGUGACCUCACUCCAUCUGUCCCAGAACCAUGUGACUCAGCUCAAGGAUGUGAUCCUGUGUUUCUCUGAGGAAGAGUGGUCUCUUCUGGACCCUGCUCAGACUGGCUUCUAUGGAGAAUUCAUCAUAGAGGAGGACUAUGGAGUCUCUCUCCCCAUGAACUAUCCAGGUCCCCAGCCAAUCCCAGAGAGAAUAAAUGAAUUGCCCAAGGUCAUGCAGCUACCAGAUUCCCGGGUAGAAGAGGAUGAGCCAUGUGUCCUGGAAUUCCAGGGCCCCCAGGAUAAGGAGAUUCCCCAAACUACUUGUACAGGAGAUAGCAACAUGAAUAAGAAGGAUAUGCCUCAGCAGAAAAGUCUAGGAGAAGAAGUUUCCAUUGAGAUUGUAUUAUCCAGUUCUGGAGAUGAGGAUCCCAAACAGAGCCAGUCUUGCAGAGAAGAUCUUCCAGGCUCCAAGAGGAAGAGACGGAACCCUUCCCUACCUCACAAGAAUAAUAUGAUUGACUUUAGAGAUGUUGUCCAUACUCAAGUUGAGACUACAUCAAGGAAACCUUACACAUGUCCUGAGUGUGGGAAAAACUUCCGCUGGAGAGCAAACUUCAUCAGGCAUCUCAAAAGUCGCAAGGAAGAAAAGAAAGUUCAUGAGUGCCCCAUCUGCCGAGAAACAUUCACUGAGAGUGAGGACCUCAAAGAACAUCGGGAGACCCAUGAAACUAAGAAGCCUUACAUAUGUGGUGAGUGUGGGAAAAGCUUUCGCCUCAGUUCCCAUCUUGUCUCCCAUAGCAGAAUGCACACCCAGGAAAAGGGGCCCGAGCUAAGCAAGAAAGAACAGCAAGGAACAUCAUCAUCAUCAUCUAGCCCAUCAGAAGAAAUUACAAAUCCUAGCACCUUAUUUGGAGAGGAGAAGAGAGAGCAAACACAUAAGUGUUUUUGUGGGAAAACCUUUGAACAACAAGACCUCCUAGUCCAGCAUAGCAGCAUUCACACAAAAGAUAAGUCCUUAAAAUGUCAGUACUGUGUCAAAAGUUUCUUUCAUAAGCAUGAUCUCAUUCGACAUCAGCGAGUUCAUAUGAAAAGACGCUCGAAGCAGGCUCUGAACUCAUACUAAAUUCCUUUUUAUCCCAAUAUGCUGGGAACAUUUGCUAGAACAAAAGCCUUAUGUGAGGCCACUAGGUCACUGUGGUCUCACUGUUGUGACUUUGUUAAUAACUGUUACUGAAUUGUGCCACUUUGUGUGCUGUCUCACAUUAACACAAACCUAUUUCAUUUCUAUUCAUUCAUAUACACAAGCAGACCAUAUUAUUCCUUUACUCUGCAACAGUGCCCACAUAGCAAUAUGGUAUUCAAUAGGCAUACAAAACAUGAGUAUUGCAGUCAAUUAAAUAGCUUCUUCUCCCUCCCCCCAACACUGACAAACAGUUGUUCAUUUUCCUCCCACAUACCCUGUAUUGUUCUGAUUUGGAGAUGAAAUCAAUCCAUUACUUUGGCAUCCUAUAGAUAAAUUCAGAUAAACCCGGAAGGAGCACUUCUUUGCCCUUAUGCGCUUCUUUCUGACCUCUAAUCCUUUAAAUUUAAUCUUUUUUUACUAUACCUCCUUUUUUAAGUAGAAGGCUCCAGAGCAUGAGCUAAUACCCAGGCUUGAGUUUCCUCCAGGAGUCAUGGCUAGAGGAAUAUCAUUAAAUGUAGGUUUUACUGAAAGAACCAACAAGCUCAAGCCUCCACCAAAGUGGAGCAACUUUUACUAGAGUCUACCACCCCUUGAGGCUACUUUCCUACAAAGCAGGUCAAGGAAAUCUUCAUGCUAAGCCACUAGACAGUAUCAAGUCCUUGUUGCUCUUUUUCUCCCUUAUUUCUCAGUGCCAUCAGUGCAAAUGGUAACCUUUCCUUCUCCCUGUCCUGUACAUACAUGACCCUACAGACCUCUAAAGAAAUUGAUUCUCAAACCCAUUUUGUGACUACUCUGUAGAUGAAGAAAACAUUUAAUGUGUUAUGUUUUGUCUUCCCACUAGAUACGUACAUUUUAAAUUUCAUGUGGCCAAGCUGCUCUAACAUAUUUCCAUUCCUGAACACAUCUCUUCUAGUGCUUUGCACUUAGAAAGUAUCUGAUGUUAGUUUAUAGUUUGCUUUAAAAAGUCAGAUUUUAAUACAAGUAAAUCAGUUCUUGUCUCCCAUCCAAAAAAUAGUUUUGAGGGGACAUAAAUAAGGAGCUAACCUAUAAAACAGAACCUCAUGGGUAAACUUAGGGAUUUGAACUAAUGGUCUAAGUACAAAUCUGGGAAGCUGAGCAAAUUACUACCAACUCAUAGUAUUUAAUGACAUUGGCAUAGCUUAAGCCAAUAACCUAGAAACACUCAACUUUAUAUAUAGAUGUAAUCAAGAUUAGAGGCUAGGACUUGACCCUAUAGGUUCUAUGGAAUCAUUAACCAAGAUGUUCUUCCUCACAUAAUAAUAAUAAUAAUAAUGCUCUCUUGAUACAUGGGGAUAGGACUAAGCACAAGGAAUGUGUAUAUAUGUAUAUGUAUAGCUUACAAAGCCACACCUAAUUUUCAUGUUUUAGGAAUGCUGGAUGAAAUAAUAUUGUUCUCAAGGGAUACUGUAAAGUUCAGAAGGCAGGAUAAUAUUCUCUCCAUCCCAAUGUAAUUUUCAUUAACUAGAAAAAAUAUACCUUUAUUUAUAAUGCUGCAGGAGAGAUAAAAGUAUUUUAUGUCUGAGUGUCAGUCAAUGUUUUUUUUACAAUCCAAAGAGAGAGUUCUUUUUGGCAGUUUUGAUCAGGCUAAUGAAAGAAAUUUAAAAUUCAUACUAUUAAAUUUAUAAAUAAAACCAGAUAGCAUUGUGCUCACCUAGGAUAAUAGCACCCGAUUUACUCAAAAAUAUGACCUUAGAAAAUUGGAAAAAUAAAAAUAUAGCAUGACUUAGUUAUUGAAGGAAGUAUUCAAAUAAUUGAAUCCAUUCCAAGGUACUGUCUUAAGGACAGGGAGACUGAAAAUCAUGUUAUCUUAGUUUGGUUUUUUUAGAGUGUUCCAGAUUAUUAUUCUUCUGUGUUAUCCCACUCAAGCCUCUUGCUCUGGGUCAUAGAAUCCCUCUAAUAGGGGAACAUCUUCUGAAGGGGUGAUCAAAGGCAGCUGAGGUAAGACUGGUUAACAGUAUUUUCUCCUACUUGGAAAAGCAAAGCUUUGAGCAGGGAGCAACUUUCUGUAUAAUUUUUCAACAUUAAUUGAAAGUUAAAAUCUUCUCAUUUCCUAACUCCCAUUCCCUUCCAUUCUUUUAUUGUUCUUGGGAUUUUUAAAAUGAGCUCCUUUCUCUCCAAGAACCUUCAAAUAAUAUAGGUUUUAUUACACCCCCAGGAAUUAGUCUUCCUAACUCUUCCCAAUUAGGAAGGAAAAAAAUAUUGUUCCAAGGGACAGUUAAAAUGACUUUGUCAGCAGUGGCUUUGAUUUAUGCAGUGGGCAUAAGUGAAAAUCUGACUUCUAAUGGGGAAAACAUUGUAUUGACUUAUACUCACAUGUUGAGAAUUUCCUGAAUUGCUUUAUUUGUAAAAGUACAGGGAAAGGUUUACUCCAGGCUAGUGGGGAAAGCACUGGGUUUGGAAUAUUGUUUUCUGUUUAGAAGGUCUGAUAUUGACUAGCUGUAUGACCUUGGCUAAAUCAUUUGCCUGUUUUAUUCUCUGUGUAUGUAGGCAUUUUUGUUUUAUCUACUGGGACAGUAUGGAGAUAAAAAUGAAAUUAUAGAUAUUAAAGUAUUUCAGUAAGUUAAA